UGCGUAGUGGGAACGUGGGCACCUGUAAAAAGAAGCGAGGCCCAAUAGCAACAACGGCACUGUCAUCCCGCUUAAACUUCGGUGGAUACAAUUAUAAAACGAAGGUACUCCUAUCGCUCAAGCACCGAGUUCGCCUGGCUGUUUGACCAAUGCGGAAGUGCGUCCUUGACAAAGUCCAACUUCAAGUGAUUUGAGUUACAGGUAAAGAAAUUCCUUACACAUUUUCCUGAGUGCAUAGAAAACUGCAAGAGCAUCCGAGAACACUGAAGUCUGUUUGUCCGGCGCAGCUUUUUUUUCUGAAGCAUACCCUGUAGCCACGAUGCUUGGCGAAAUUUCGGCCACCAGGGGAAGCGGCACACCGAAGACGGCUGAACGCCCACCCCAGAUCCCAGGCUCACUGAAGUUCAUCACGUGGUACACAAAUGGUUUGGACUUCAGCAACCGUCUGCCACGUACUCGAGCCGUCUGCUCGGCAAUCCGAAGCGCCGACCCGGACGUGGUCUUCCUCCAGGAAGUGGUGCUUCAAUGGGAUCUAGUCCUACGGGAAGCUUUUGAAGACUACACAUGCGUGCGAAAAUUCAGCGCGAACAACUUUACUUUCACCAUGCUGAAGAGAGCCACCACGAAGUUCGAGGGGUACAAGCGGCGCCGGCUGGCGACCAACAACUGGGUGAAAUGCGAGGUGGCGACGAUCGAGGCAUCGUUCGCGGGUCUGCCGAUCACGCUUGUCAACGCCAGGCUUGAACCCGACCCCGACAAGUCGAAACUACGUAAGCAUCAACUAUCCAAGUGCUUUAAGGCGUGUCUAGAGCAGCCUCCCAACAGGACGGUCAUCUUCGGCGGAAACCUCGGCCUGCGCGGACACGAGCUCAAUGACGUAGGCGGGCGUCCGCGCUCGCUAGUGGACGUGUGGGAACACUGCGGCAGACGGCGGGAGGCCUGCUACACGUGGGACAUGACGGUGAACGACAACCACCCGUGGAACACUCGCAAGAAACCCCAGCACCGCACCGACAGGGUCUACGUUAGGGCUGCCAAGCCGGCCACCAUGGCGCCUGUGUCCUUCGACCUGAUCGGGAUGGAAAGGAUAAGCCCCGUGGGUUGCUUCCCCAGCGAUCACUGGGGUCUGCUGUGCCGUUUCAAUUUGCUAUAGGCGUUCCGCCAUGAUAAAUCUCACCAGGCAGUCGUGCUUUCUUGGUGACAGUAAGCAAGGAACACUUUAAUGGGGAUAUUAAAUUUAAUGUCUUUAAGCAGAAGGAACUGAUUCCUUCAAGGCAACAACAAUGGGAUCGCGGUAUUAGGUUGCGUAUUCGCAUCCAUUAUUGAUCGUCAAUAAAUUGAGAAUCAGCGAAGUUUCUGCUGC